GUCCCAACUAUCGAGGAUACGUAUAAUGCGGUCGUUGAGACGGAUCGCGGGACCAGGGAACGCGUUCGUAUCUAUGAUAUUGGAGAUCCGGCCAAAGUUGAACGUCAUUUUAUCAACUCAGCUGAUGCAUUUAUCCUCGUUUACGAUGUGUCUAACGCAUCUUCUUUUGUAACUAUUCAAAAGCUCAAACGUGAAAUUGAUGAUUGUCGUUCCAAACGAGAAGUGUUGUUUUUCCUCUGUGGGAAUAAAUCCGACAAAGCCAAAGACAAAGCGCUCGAUCCGGUUGAAUUAGCCAGAUGGACGCACACAGAAAAAGACAAGUCCGGAUUUUCCUUCGGGAAAAAGGAUACUCGAGGAUUUCCCGGACCCACUGGACCAUCCCGAACCGAAAUGGACUGA